UGGGAGUAGCCAUUGGCUGCGCUGCUCGUGACCGCACGGUUGCAUUUGCCAGCACUUUUGCUGCGUUCUUAUCCCGAGCCUACGACCAGAUAAGGAUGGGAGCCAUCUCUCAGUCAAAUGUAAACCUGGUUGGAUCCCACUGUGGAGUCUCCAUUGGUGAGGACGGUCCUUCCCAGAUGGCCCUGGAGGACUUGGCCAUGUUUCGCGCUAUUCCAACCUGCACUGUGUUUUACCCCAGUGAUGGAAUGUCUACAGCAAGGGCCGUGGAGCUAGCUGCCAACACAAAGGGUAUUUGUUUCAUCCGCACCAGUCGUCCAGAAACCUCAGUCAUCUACUCCCCAGAUGAGAAGUUUGAAGUGGGUCAAGCCAAGGUGGUACGUCAGUCCGACAAUGAUCAGGUUACUGUGAUUGGAGCCGGUAUUACUCUGCACGAGGCUCUUGCUGCUGCUGAUAUUCUGGCCAGUGAAGGUUAGUCAACUUUACAUUUUAAGU